UGGGACGCGAUUCUCGGGAUCUUCAGAUCUGCCAAAUACGCAAUCAAAAAAGGCUCUGAUUGGUUGGGUUCUCAAAGAAGAUCGCUUCUUUCAGGGUGCAAGCUAGCGGAUGCCAGCAAGGAAGAAGAUCCAAGUCAUGCAGCAUCCGACUCGUGCCAGCUUCUCUUUGUCACGACUCCAUCGUGCGCACCUAACCUUAUCCGAUCUCGCAGGAAGGAAAGUAGGUACCCAGUAUAACGGUAGUUCAGUUCGAAGCACAAUCUGUGAAGCCUUUCGUCUUGCUCGCGAUCCCUCCCCUCUGUCCGGAUUGAAAUUUGCGCUGCUUCUCAAUCUCAAAAUGGCGCCCCUCAAGGUUGGCGAUAAGCUCCCCGAUGGCACCGUCAAGGGCCUGGACAUGAAGGAUAUCUCCAUCAAGGAGCUGACCAGCGGCAAGAAGGUCAUUAUCUUUGGGGUCCCUGGUGCGUUCACUCCGGUCUGCUCGAGUCAGCACCUGCCGGGAUACAUCAAGAAGCACGACGAGAUCAAGUCCAAGGGCGUUGACACGAUUGCAAUUCUGGCCCCCAACGACCCCUUUGUGAUGAAGGCUUGGGCUGAGCAGUACCCAGACUCCGAGGGCAAAAUCCUGUACCUGGCUGACGGCACCAUGGACUACACAAAGAAGCUGGGUUUUGAGGUGGACCUUUCAGGCCAUGGUCUGGGUGUUAGGCUGCGUAGGUUCUCGUUGCUCGCGGAAGAUGGGGUUGUCAAGGAGCUGAACUUGGAGGAGAGCGGAGGCCUCACCACCAGCGGCGCCGACGAGAUGUGCACGAUGUUGCCAAUGGCGGGCCAGUAGAAUCUGGGUCGUUUGAGUCUUGUUCUGAUCACUGCUGCAGAAAAAACACGUACUGUUUGACAGCGACUUCUGUAUUUUAGCGUCAAAGAUUUUUUAGUUUGUGCUGAAACACUGGUAGGCAAGACUUGCAUCCACUUCCAGCGAUUUGUGUCUGUGACGAUGGUCUGCUCAAGUGUUCAUACGAUCAGUGAUUGCAUAACCUUGGCAACUCAUAACACAU